AUGUGUGGUAUCUUUGCUGCUCAUAAGCACGAGGAUGUGCAGGCUUACAAGCAAAAGGCUCUACAGCUUUCCAAGAGAAUUAGACAUCGUGGUCCAGAUUGGUCUGGUAACGUUCUUAGAAACAACACCUUGUUAGUUCAUGAAAGAUUGGCUAUCGUUGGGUUGGAUUCUGGGGCCCAGCCAAUUACUAGUCCAUGUGGUAACUACACUUUAUGUGUUAAUGGUGAAAUUUACAACCAUAUCAAGUUGAGAGAAGAGUUUUCCGAUUACAAAUUUAGCACUUUGAGUGAUUGUGAACCUAUCAUCCCAUUGUAUGAAAAAUACGAUAUUGAUACUCCAAAAUACUUAGAUGGUAUGUUUGCUUGGUGUUUGUACGAUGCCAAGCAGGACCGUAUUAUCGCUGCUAGAGAUCCUGUUGGUAUCACGACUCUCUACAUGGGUCGUAACUCUUUGUCUCCAAAGACCGUGUUCUUUGCAUCCGAAUUGAAAUGUUUGACCGAUGACUGUGACAACAUCGUCGCUUUCCCACCGGGCCACAUCUACGAUUCCAAGACUGACAAGAUCACCCGUUAUUUCACUCCAGACUGGUUGGACGAGACUCGUAUUCCAUCGAACCCAGUUGAUUACAAAGCUAUUAGACACUCCUUGGAGAAGGCAGUGAGAAAGAGACUAAUGGCUGAAGUCCCAUACGGUGUUCUAUUGUCCGGUGGCCUUGACUCCUCUUUGAUUGCAUCUAUCGCUGCUCGUGAAACCGAGAAGGCUAACGCAGAGAUCGACGCCCAGAAGUAUGACUCUGAGGACAAGCAUCUAGCAGGUAUUGAUGAUUCUGGUAACUUACACAGUGCAGGUUGGUCUCGUCUACAUUCUUUCGCCAUUGGUUUACCAGGUGCUCCAGAUCUAAAGGCUGCUUCUAAGGUGGCUAAGUUCAUUGGAUCUAUUCAUCACGAACACACUUUUACUUUACAAGAAGGUCUAGAUGCUCUAGACGACGUCAUCUGGCAUUUGGAAACCUACGAUGUCACUACCAUCAGAGCCUCUACACCAAUGUUCUUGUUGUCAAGAAAGAUCAAAGCUCAGGGUGUUAAGAUGGUCUUGUCUGGUGAAGGUUCCGAUGAAAUUUUUGGUGGCUAUUUGUACUUCGCACAGGCACCAAACGCUAACGAAUUCCAUACCGAAGCUGUUAAGCGUGUUAAGAACUUGCAUUUGGCAGAUUGUCUAAGGGCAAACAAAUCCACUAUGGCAUGGGGUCUAGAGGCUCGUGUCCCAUUCCUAGACAGGGAAUUCUUACAGCUGUGCAUGAACAUCGAUCCAAAGGAUAAGAUGAUUAACAAAGAAGAAGGCCGUAUGGAGAAGUACAUUCUAAGAAAGGCUUUCGAUACCACGGACGAACCUGACGUUAAGCCAUACCUACCAGAGGAAAUUCUAUGGAGACAGAAGGAACAAUUCUCCGACGGUGUUGGUUACUCGUGGAUCGAUGGUUUGAAGGAUACAGCUGAGAGAGUCAUCUCCGAUGACAUCUUUGCAGCUCCAAAAUCUGCCUGGGGUGACGAUGUACCAACGACUAAAGAAGCCUUCUGGUACAGACUGAAAUUCGAUGCUCUCUUCCCACAAAAGACCGCAGCAGAUACCGUCAUGAGAUGGGUUCCAAAGGCCGACUGGGGUUGCGCUGAAGAUCCAUCCGGCAGAUUCGCCCAGAUUCACGACCAACACGUGAAGAAUUAG